GAUCAGGUCAUUUAGCAGAAGUCAAACCAACUGGUCGUGUAGCAGACGACGAACAAUCCUUGGUUUAUUGCAGACGUCGAGCAAACGUGGUUGUAGCAGACGUAGAAACAGACGUGGUUGUAGCAGACGUAGAACAAACUUGGUGGUAGCAGACAUCAAAAACUAACUUGGUUGAAGCAGACGUGAAGCUGAAAAAUAGCAGACAUUAUCGAAGCAGACGUCCACAAAAAGAUACAAAAAAGAGAACAGGAUAGAAAGUGAAAAACAACUGACUGUAGCAGACGUGGAAAACCACGACCAAGAAAGAACUAUCUUUAGCAGACGUUGAAAAGGGAACUCAUCGUAGCAGAACUGUUUUGUUGGUGUUGUGUACAAACAAUCCUACACUGUGGCUGCCUGCAUUUUCCGCCGCGUACCGCCUGAGUGGAGGGACAUGCAGACCAAUGGUUUGCAACCGUCCUACCCGACCUCUGGAGUCGCCGGCAUCUCCAACGGCCCCACCCUGGGGAUGGUUCCGGCGGCACUGUUCGGCGACCAGAACUACUACCGCCACGGCGGCUACGCGGGGAUGACGAUGGGGGGGAUGUCGAUGUACGGCCACGACCAGUACUCGGUGGCGCGCCCCUCCCCUUACUCCCCUUACAGCACCCAGCACCACCCCAACAAGGACCUGGUGAAACCGCCCUACAGCUACAUCGCACUGAUCGCCAUGGCGAUACAGAGCACCCCGGAUAAGAAAGUCACCCUGAACGGAAUUUACCAGUUUAUCAUGGACCGGUUUCCGUUCUACAGAGAGAACAAGCAGGGCUGGCAGAACAGCAUUCGACACAACCUGUCGCUGAACGAGUGUUUUGUGAAAAUCGCCAGGGACGAUAAGAAACCCGGAAAGGGAAGCUACUGGACCCUGGACCCCGACAGCUACAACAUGUUCGAUAACGGGAGUUACCUGAGGCGGCGGCGGCGGUUCAAGAAGAAAGCCCACAUAGACAAGGAGGGGGACGAUAAGAACAUUCAGCUGGGGGAGGAGGAGAAGUUGAAGGGUUUCGAGGACGAGGAGCGGAAUGGGGAGAUGCACAGCUCCAGCAGCGGAAGCGAGAUGUCAGACCUGCCGGACAAGAUCAAGGAAGAGAAAUCGGUGUCGCCUAUUGUCAUGUCGAACACGAAAAUCGAACCCAUGGAUUCGCCCAAAAAUGACUGUUUAUCGGUGCGCCCGAGCACUAGCAACACUUUACCCAUUCCACCCGAUCCCGUGAUGGACCCGACGCCGACGAGUUUUUCAGUGGAGAAUCUGAUGUCGCCGAACCACCCGACCCCGAACUGCGAUCUCGGCGUGGCGGGGACGUUCGUGACGGCCCGCCCGCCCCCUCUUGUGUCCCCCCACGUCCUGCCCUACUCGAGGUCCUCGGAUAUAUACAGGAGCACGUCGGCGUCGUCGUGCACGCAGAACGUGACGUCGUCGUACAACUACCCGUGCGGCGCUCAACCCGUGUUUCCCAACACGACGACGGGGGCGACGUCAACCCCGGGACACAUGUCCAACUCUCAACACAUGUCCAUAGCACCGCCGCAGUGUCCGUCCGGUGGGGACGACGGCAGUAACAACAACAACGGGGGGCACUCCCCUCACACCACCCUCACCCAGACGAACGGACUUAAUCCCAGUGUUUUCUCCAUGUCGCAGGCCGGCCCCGGGGCGUACUCCCGCCCCAACGGCUGGUACAUGCCUCCCACCGCGGACAUCAACCACGGGGCAGACUUUACGACCUCGCCCUACAUGAGGGAGAUGUUCGACUCACAAAGACUUCUGUCGUCACAAACGGGGCAAUCACAGGGCGCUUCUAGCUGUCAGCUCGCUUCGUUUAGGGCGCCCUACAAGUCUAGCAGCCCCUACGCAUACGACUGUACAAAAUUCUAGACUUUAAAUAAUGUGUUUAUUAAUAAUAUUAUUAACAGACUCGGUUCAGUGGAUUUGCACGUGUCGAUAAACACAAAAACACAAAUCGUUAAAGCGUUCAGAGAUUCUAUGUACGUUACCGGACUCCAUUUCAACGAAGUAUGAACGUUUUAGGGAGAAACUUGUGUCGAUUUCAGUUUUUGUGUUUUUCAAAGAAUUCCUGUUCGUAUCAACCACGCGGGGAAAAUUCUCUCAUGUUUUCAUUUUUCGUGGGUUUUGGGAUGGAUUUUUCUGUCUGCAAGGUAGGAGAAAUUUUAUUCCAUUAAUAGCAAAGGGUGCUAAAGAUUUCCAUAACAAUAUUUCCUGAACUCGAAAUAUCUCCUGUGCUACAGAUUUUAUUUUUAUUCUCUCUUUAUUUUACAAUAUGUCAUCAUGAAUAUUUUUAUUCAUAAUAUAAAAUCGAAGGAUCAAAAAUGUAUCAAAAACAAAUUUUCAGAAUGUGUGUGCAGGACAAAUUUCUGACUACAAAAUUCUGAUCGGCAAAUUCAAUUUACAACCAAAUGAAUUUUGUGUAAAAAAAAAAAAAAACCUCCAAAAACCCACCAAAACUAAAAAUGAAAACUAAUCAACGACAGUGGAUUGUCGUAGAAAUACAAAAACAAAACACCGCCCAUUUUUGGCUAAAGAUUACACUAAUAACAUUUCCUGGCGGAUUACUUGGUGGCAAAUUCCAUGUCGAUGUAGAAAAAUAAUGCGACAUUUUCAAUUACGAAGAAAAACAAGAUCACGCAUAAGCCAUCGAAUGGACAUUGUUUUUUCUGUGUUUUGAGUCGAUUGAUUUGUCCGUGCAAUACAGGACAGGUCGGUCGGAUUUCCCAGUUUAAUGCGACUGAGUGUUGUCCGGUGAUCUCCCGGGCCAGUCUUUUGUGUUAGAACAAUUCAUGUUUAUCACGUGUAGAAAUAAAUAUGUAGAAAUUCA